AUGAGUUUUUAUUUUCUGUCCGCUGUAUUUAUUUAUUUUUCCUUGUAUUCUACUACUAACUUUGUUGCGAGUGAUGAUGUACGAUACCCUGCUAUCUUCUUGCCGGGUAAUGCUGGUUCUCAAAUAUGGGCAAAAUUAAAUCGUUCCAGUGUACCACAUCUAUGGUGUUAUCGUCAUUCAGAUUGGUUCGAAUUAUGGUUGGACGUACGCUUGUUAUUACCGGAAGUAAUUGAUUGUUUUGUUGAUAAUAUGCGUUUAGUUUAUAAUACUACUACCCGUAAAACAUCAAAUAUUGAUGGUGUCGACAUUCAAAUACCUGGUUUUGGUCAAACAUCAACAAUUGAAUAUUUUGAUUCAAGUGGCUUAUCUUAUUCAUCUUACUUUGCUCCAAUCGUUCGAUCAUUAGUAGCGCUUGGCUAUACACGUGGAUUGAAUCUUCGAGGUGCACCAUACGAUUUUAGGCGUGCACCAGACGAACAAGAAGAUUAUUUUCUUAAUUUAACAAAUUUAGUUCUUGAUACUUACAACAACAAUAAUCAAACAAAAGUUGUCUUGAUUACGCACAGUAUGGGUGGUCCAUUUGCUUUGUAUUGGCUUCAUCAAAUAACACCAGAAUUUAAAGAAAAAUAUAUUCGUUCAAUAAUCACAAUUGCAUCACCAUGGGGUGGAGCUGUUAAAGCAUUACGUUUGAUGGCUAGUGGCGAUAAUAUCGAUGUUUAUGUUGUUUCACCUAUACAAGUGAGACCUUAUCAACGUUCGGCACCCAGUACGGCGUUUGUCAUGCCAAGUCCAAAUAUUUGGAGUAAAGAAGACGUGUUAGUGAUAACCCCGUCUAAAAAUUAUACUGUUCAAAACUAUGAUGAAUUCUUUAAUGAUAUCAAUUAUACAACUGGCUAUCAAUAUUGGCUAAAUGUCAAAGAUCUUGUAGAUGAAUUAAAACCACCCGAUAUCGAAGUACAUGCACUCUAUGGUAGUCAACUGCCAACACCAGGUGUAUUCAUGUAUAAUCAACAAACAUUCCCUGAUUUACAACCUGUUGUGUUACCCGACAAUGGUGAUGGUACUGUUAAUAUGCGAAGUUUAUUAGUACAUGAAAAAUGGAUUGGUAAACAAACUCAAGAUAUUAAAAGUUUAGAAUUACCUGGUGUGGAACAUUUGGCUAUAUUGAAGCAUCCAACAACAAUCAAUUAUGUUAUACAAGUUUUGUCUGAAAAUAUGGCGAUUAUUACAGAAAAUCAAUAUGAUAAAUUAUGUAAUGAAAAUCCAUGUGAUUCAACAAAUAAUGAGAUAGAGUGCAAUGAUCUAGCAAAAUUACCAAAUCUUACGGAAGAUAUUCUAUUGGAACAUUUACAACGUCGUUAUAAAUUAGAUUUGAUUUACACUUACCUUGGUGAUAUACUUGUAUCAAUCAAUCCAUUCAAAGAAACAAACUUAUAUUCAAAGACGAUAAGAGAAUCAUAUCGAAAAUCACUGAAAAGCAAUACGUUGCCACAUGUUUAUGCAUUAGUUGAUCUUGUUUACCAGAACGUUUUUCAUAGUUUAUAUAAACAACAAUGUUGUGUUAUAAGUGGAGAAAGUGGAAGUGGCAAGACAGAAAGUACAAAGUUUUUUUUAAAACAGUUAAUGUAUUUAUGCGGUGGCAGUACCCAAUUAGAACAACAGAUUUUACAAGCCAAUCCUCUUUUGGAAGCAUUUGGAAAUGCUCAAACAAUAAUGAACGAUAAUUCAAGUCGUUUCGGAAAAUAUAUUGAUUUAAAAUUCAUUAACGGAAGAGUUAUUGGUGCUCAGAUAAAUGACUAUCUACUUGAAAAAUCACGAGUUGUUAUUCAAAGUACCGGAGAAAGAAAUUUUCACAUAUUCUAUUAUUUAUUUGAUUAUUUACCAACAACUAUGAAAGAAAUGUUACACUUAACAAAUCAAACAAAUUAUAAAUAUAUAUCCAAAGGCGCUACGCCGAAAUUGACAUUACCCGCUUCAUACGACUCUAUCCAACAUAGUAAUAAACUUGACGAAGUAAUCAAUGCAAUGGGUUUACUAGGUUUUACCGACAAAGAACAAAAUUCAAUGUUUUGUAUUUUGUCUGGAAUAUUGACAUUAGGAAAUAUUGAAUUUUCUGCUGAUGAUGAAGGAUUCUCUGUACAAACAUUAAAUGAAGAAAAUACAAAACGAGACUUGGCUAUUACAGCGAAAAUGUUUGGUGUUUCUUCGAAUCUUUUAAUGGAGUGUUUAACAACAGUUACAACAUUGACUCGAAAUGAACGAGUGACAAGAAAAUACAGUUUACAGUCAAGCCAAGAUGCUCGAGAUGCAUUAUCCAAACAUCUUUAUGCACGCUUAUUCUCAUUUCUUAUAUCAAAAAUAAAUGGAACAUUAGAUACAUCAUGUUUAUCGAAUAAACCAUAUUAUUCAUGUUUACUUGAAAUCGGUUUACUGGACAUCUAUGGUUUUGAACAUUUUGAAAACAACAGCUUUGAGCAAUUGUGUAUCAAUUUGGCUAACGAACAGAUUCAAUACUUUUUUAAUCAACAUAUAUUUCGAAUGGAGAUGACCGAGUACGAAACUGAAUGCAUCACUGGCGAAUCACUUACAUUUACUGAUAAUCAACCGCUAUUGGAGUUAUUUAUGGCAAAACCGAUUGGGAUUCUUUCGUUACUAGACGAUGAAAGUAAAAUGCCAAAGGCAAGUGAUGCAACAUUAGUUGAAAAAUUCAAUUAUCAUUUUGCCAGCAAACGUGAAUGUUAUGGAAAAAAUCGUAAUAACAAAUUAUCAUUUACAAUUUAUCAUUAUGCUGGCAAAGUGGUUUAUAAUACAUAUGGAUUUCUUGAAAAAAAUAAAGAUACUCUACCCGAUAGUGUCGUCGAUUUACUAGGAAACAGUCGAGAUGAUUUAAUUUAUGAAUUAUUCAACGGUACGGUACGAUCAAAAUCGGUUGAACCAUACCACACACAAAAGGCGAUAUAUCGAACAGCAGCUGAGAAAGAUGCUAAAAAUCGUAUGACGGUUGGAGCACAAUACAGGAAUUCACUUCAAAUUCUUAUGGAACGCAUGUCUUCAUCUCAUCCUGUAUUCAUGAGAUGUAUUAAGCCAAAUCAACAGAAACAACCAAAUUUAUUUGAUGAAACGUUUGUUCGUGGUCAGCUUCGUUAUUGCGGUAUGCUCGAAACAACAAGAAUAAGAAAAGAAGGAUAUUCAGUACGCAUUCCGUUUGCAGAAUUUAUUCAAAGAUAUGGUCUAUUAGCACGAGAUAAAGUGUUGAAUUAUACAGGAAGUAGUUGUGCAUCUAUUUUGGAAUCGGCAAAAUUAAGUUGUUGGCAAAUUGGAAAAACAAAAGUUUUUUUGAAAUAUUACCAUCCAGAAAUAUUAGAUUCAAUGAUGAAUAAAUAUCGUGAAGCUGCACUAAAGAUCCAACGACGUUUUCGAGGUUAUGUAGCUCGUCGACGUUACUCGCAGUUACGUUUAAAUUUCAGAAAAUCUGUUGAUCAAGUAUAUAAUUUUUGUGCAACAAUUGAACAAAUGAAUGUACAAGUACUCAAUACUCUUCUUAGACUAAAUGAUAAACUCCCAGGCAAGCCUGCUGUUCCAUUUCCACCGGCGAGACAAAGUUCAUUAGCAACUAUUUCCAUGCUACCAGCAUCAACAGUUACGUUACCGACUAAAAAUAUACACACUCAAAACAGUGCACAUACGAAUAAAAUCAGUAAUCACCCAAUAUUAACUGAAAAAGUUCCAUCAUCUACUGCCGCAUCAACUGUGUCGUCAUCAUCAAUUCAAAGUACAGCGGAUUAUGAUUCUCUAUUAACGAAUUUGACAUUGAAAUAUGGAUCGCCUACUGAUCGAGAAUCUUGUCUAAGAUGGUUUCGUGAUACUCAAUAUCCGUUUGUCAUUCGAUCAGACAGAUCAUUUCCAUCUUGGUUUCACGGAAGCAUAACUAGACAUCAAGCUGAGUAUUUACUCAUCAAUCAAUUUGUUGGAUGUUUUUUAAUUCGAAUAUCCGAGAGUCGUUUCGGUUUUUCAUUAUCAUUCAAAGCUGCCGAUCGAUGUCGUCAUUAUAUGAUUAAUCAAUUAAAAAAUGCCAAAUACAAUGUUAUUGGUGAGCCAAAAGUUCACAGAACUAUUGAUCAAUUAAUUGAAUACUAUAAAACACAUGAAUUAUCAAAUUGGUCAGGACAUCUAACUACACCAUGUCCAGCCGAUUGGUCUCAAUAUGAUCUUCAAUCACUUUCUCCUCAACGUACAAACAUCUAUCAAACAUUCAACUCUCGACCCUAUAAUACUUUAUCACUGCCCGUCUCCUGUUAUUCAAAUUCAGAAUCCGCAACUGAUAUAAUAUUAACCGCUCGUCGAUUAAUGUCGAGUGGUUCAUUAGGAUCGGCAACAGGCAAAUUACCAAUUGCUAUCGUUUUACCAAACAAACAUUAA